AUGCACUGGAGCUUUUACGCUCUGCUCGCGCGCUUUGCGCGGUAUGGCCCUGUGGAUGAAAAGAAAGGGACCCGCUGGAAUCUGUCCUUCCGGUCUGCCGAGUCUGAGCUGCCGUUCCCGCCAGACAGCGUUGAUUAUCCCCGGUGGUUAGCGCGGCAUAUCCAUCGGGAUAGUGGCUAUAAAGGAGACCCGCUCGAGCUGGAAAAGUACACUGCUAGGCCGGAGUGGCUUGCAAAAUUCCUUCUGUCGGAGAUCUAUUGCCUCUUUACUUGA